UGAACAUAUUAUUGAUUAUCUACGAUCCAUAAGAUAGUAUUGUAUUACGUUAUUAAUAUUCUGAGUAAACUAUUGUUUAAGAGCGGACAUAGUCAAUAGAGAAAAUCUUAUUUUUAAAACGCGGCAUUGUGCUGCUAGUAUUAAGUUAUAAGUAAUAAAAAAAGAUUAAGAAGGAUAAUUUUGUGUAAUGGAAUUCCCAUCAGUUCAAAAGAUUCACAAACGCCAAGAAAGGAUUGUGGAUCCGUUUUCAGGCAGUCAAAAUAUGGGAACAGUUUUGCCAUCUUUGGCAGAUUUUUUAAAGAUAACCAACCUUACUCAUUACAGCAGCAAGUUAAAGAAGUUAAAAUGCGCAGAAACGGAAGAUUUACAGGAUCUCUCUGUGCGAGUUGGAUUUUUACAUGUAGAAGAGCAGAGGGUGAGAAGAUAUCUUGAUUAUUUUCAUCGAAAAGUACUGACACAAGCAGAAUCAAAAAGACAACCUGUUUCUCUGGAUAAUUUCUUUAUUCUUUCCAAACUCCAACACGUCACUAAGCAAAUAAAAAAACUUGGAGUGGUGGAAUUCGAUGAUCUGCCGUGGAUAAAUUACUCGGACUUAGCAACAAUGUUGCCAAAAAAAGUCGAACUAUUUCGUUUUAAGAGAUACAUUGAAAAAGUCCACAAAGCACCCGAGGCUGGAGUUGUCGAGUCAUGCUCUCAAGCAGCUGUUGUGAAUUUAUCAGCUUUUACAACAGAAGCGAAAAUAAAGAAACAUAAAGGUACAUUUGAAAGACUAGGAGUGGUCGAAGUUGAUGACUUAUUUUCAAUUACUCGAUCUGAUUUACCGAAGUUGACACAAGUGGAGUAUGACCGAUUUGUUAGAUACAAGAGCAAAUAUAAAGGUAGUACAACAAAUCAGACAUCUUCUGCGGACAAUGUUGAUUCUCCAAUUGCACCACAGCUUCCUGCUGGCAUUGCACCGAAAUCUCCUGCUGGCUUUGCAUCACAAUCUCCCGUUAGCGUUGGACCUCCUGUACAACCUGGUGCGCCGUUCGACAAUCCGAACAAUGCAGGAUAUUGUUCAACUUCAGAUAAUCAAUUUCCAGGACAACAAUUGGUAAACAUUAAUAUGCCCGUUUAUCAAAACAAUAUUCAGCCAGUUUUUCCACCACGUGAUCAGCCUUACUUUCACCAGCCAUACAGUUUGGACAGCAUGUAUCAACAACCCAAUCCGGGAGCGCCUCCAACAUUAGCUCCAAAGCCUGAAAGACAUGGCAGCUUGGAUAGUAGCAUGAGUUUCUCACAACCUCCCUACAACCCUUCAUAUCAACCGACUGCACCAUGGCCGAACUGACGCUCUGUGUUACAUACAUUUCAGGUGAAAAUACUGUAGGCAAGAGUUUAUUCGAACAAUAAGCAAGAAAAACAAAAAUAAUUUUAGACAUUCUUAGAAUAUCUUUGUUAUUAUUGUAAAAGUUUAUUGAGCACGUUUUGGCUCUGUGUUUUACUGAAAUUUUGGUCUA